AUGGCGCAGCAGGAGGAGUGGUUCCCAAACGAUACCUGGAUCGGUCGAUCAUAUGAAUUCGACGAUGGCGAGGCUCCGGGCUCCAUUUGGAUCCUGGAUAGAAAGAUGUGGGAAGCCGUACACCCAUUUGGUACCAGCGGCUACCGAUAUGCAGUAGGGGUAUUUCAAUGCCGACCGAAAACCAACGCAUGCCUCGCAUACACAGCUAUGAUCAAGAUCUAUAUGCAAGUUCCUGCUGCAGUAUCGGCCACCAACGGGCACCCCCCGCCGGAUCAACCGAUCCAGCCAGUUAGACAGCCUCCUGUUGUAGCGCAGUUCGCUGUUGACGCUCAAGCUAGUCAAGCGAAUCACUUUCUUCGGUUCGUCAAGGGCGCCAUCCACGGCGCCAUCCUGCUACCGGUCACUUUGCAUGCUAUCUUUUCGGCAUUCGUUGUCUGUCUUGAUUUGUAUAUCUUUGACACCGUCGGUCUUCCGAAUAGUAUUAUCCCCUCUCUCUCCAUCGUGGUCGGUUUGAUGCUGGUCUUCCGCAACCAAACAUCCUACAGUCGAUUCUGGGAUGGUCGCAACGCUAUGAAUACCAUCUCCACGAGCAUCCGGAACCUGGUGCGCACCACCGUCACGCACGGAUACAGCAGCACGGGGCCUCCCUCUGCCGCUGAAAAAGAGGACAUCGAACGCACCAUCCGCAUCCUCAUGGCGAUUCCCUACGCCGUCAAGAACCAUCUCCGCGCCGAAUGGGGCGCCGCAUGGGCUCUUGGGAGUGAUGUCACCGAGAACGGUAUCGCUGGGUAUAACCCUGACUAUGCGAGUCUUUUGCCUGCGGGCCUGGAAGGCCAUGAGGAUGAGGGGCUGGGUUUGCCGUUUCAGUUGACGUUCUUUGUGGAUGGGUUCAUCAAGCGAGGCGUUGAUCGCGGUUGGUUUAAUGCUCCUGGUUCGAGUCAGAUGCAGGCGCAGUUGAAUACCUUGAUGGAUGCGUAUGGGAAGAUGGAGACGAUUGGGUUGACUCCGAUUCCGGUGGCGCAUUUAAUCCAUCAAAAACAAGUCCUCGCCCUCUUCGGCUGUGUCCUCCCCUUCGGCAUGGUCGAUGACAUGGGCUGGUGGACCGUCCCCAUCGUCAGUCUCGUGAUCUUCACCCUCUACGGCAUCGAGGGCAUCGGUUCCCAGCUGGAAGAUCCCUUCGGCUACGACCGCAACGACAUCAAGAUGGACGCUAUCGUGGGCGACGCUAAGACUGAGAUUGAUGUUGUGUUGGAUGAAUGGCGUCGUCUGAUGCGAUCUGUUGAACUGGAGUCGGGUGGUCAGGCGGCUGGUGAUGCACUUGGGCUUGGGAUCAGGACUGGAGUUGCCAAUGAUGUGUCAAAGGAUGGGAACCGGGAGUUCGUGCCUCCGGAAAUGUUUUUAAAGCCAAGGUCGAGGAUGGCGAGGGGGUGA